AGUCAACCUUUAGCCUACCCCGUUCCCCAACCUCUGGCGUUGUCGUGUUCAUCUUCGAUCUCCAUCUCCUCCCUUCUCCCGAACUACCUGCUCCUGCUCCCUCCGCUCCUCCGUGCUCCCAGUCGCCAUCCCCAGACUUCAUUUCAGGCGGGGAUGGACGAUUACGCCCGGGAGAUGAUGGAGCUCAAGACGCUCGUCACCCGCACCCUCGAGAAGAAGGGUGUCCUCGCCAAGAUUAGGGCUGAGCUAAGAGCAAGCGUGUUUGAAGCCAUUGAAGAGGAGGAUCGGGUGGUGGAGAAUGAUGAUGGCGGGAAUCCUGCUUUGCUUGGUAGCUGUAAUGACCGAGCUAAGCAACUGCACGCUUCACCUUCAGGUAGGUUACUAACUGCACUUGUAUGCGAAUACUUGGAGUGGGCGCAACUAAGUCACACAAUGAAAGUUUAUUUGCCAGAGUGUAACCUGCCCAAGGACUUCUGGAAGAAUGAACUGAAAGAUUUUUCUAACAAAAGUGGAGCUGAAGGGAGCAGGAGUGCUGAAAGUGGUCCAAUGCUUUUAGAUGUUCUCGAAGGUUAUCUGAAAUAUGAGAAUUUGUCUCAAACAAGGAUGGGUGGGAGGAGGAUGAUGAGUUCAGAGUCUGAUCCAUCACUAACUGCUGAACAUCGGAGCAUGAGGAGGCCACCAUCAGCAUCAGUUGGGAGCCUGCCUCCUAUGGGGAGGCCAAUCUCUUCAUUGCAGGCAUCAGACCGCAGAGGGGGAUCUUCAGCUUCAAAUAACACAAGGAAAGAUGAGUACAACUGGAGAUACGAUGCUGAUGAUAUAUCUGAAGAGGUGCUACGGGCAUCGGCUGCUCUAGAAAGUGUCCAGUUAGACCGAAAAUCUCGGAAUCUGCCGACAUCUUGGAGGCAUUCAGGGGAUGGCUCCGAGUAACAAGCAACAAGGAUUUGGAGCUGGAUGCUUGACUGACCCUGUAUCGUGUAAUUUGUAUACCACUCAUUUGCGGUGGUACAAUGCUUGGAUUGCUGUUAUAUUAUUAGGGAGAUGCUACACUGGUUAUGUAUGGUUGUCCUGUAACGAACAAAACAAAUCAAGUAUUACAGUUUGUUGAACUAUGGGUGGACUUGAUCCGAUAAGAUUGAAUUGGCACCUCAGAUUAUUAGGGUAUAUAUUAUUUAUUUCAUACUUAUUUGUUGGGUUCCGAGAGAGUUAGAUUGUCAUACAUCGCGAUGGACAAAUUCGCUAUUGACAUAGCAAUUACAGUAGCAGGUAGACAAUUACCACUCCUAUGUUUUUCGAAUCAAUUGAAACAAUGUGCACUCAAAACUACCUUUGAGGUAUUCAAAUUAUAAGAUAUUGUUCUUGAUGAUAAAGAAAAGAAGACAAUCUCUUUGUAAGGAUCAAAUCCGAGAAAAUCAACAGGGUAGAUGUCUACUUCGGCCUUAUUAUCUUUGUUGGCUUUAUCAAGGAUAAUCACAUCAGCAUUGUCAAAGUCCCAUCCAUCAUCGAGAACAAACUCAUUGUCGUCGUCAUGUGCAGCAACAACAACAGGUGUUGCUUCUAAUUCCUCCUUGUUAUAAUAAGGGAUGACCCUCCAUUCAUCAUUAGCAAAGAUGUGACUGUGAAGAGGAGGAGGUUUUGCCGGCAGCGGUUCGAGGCUGAUGUUCUGAUCGACACAUAUGCAUGAUCGAGCAUGAAUGCAUGAUUCAUAUAUGCCGGCCGGCGGCCCAGCCACAUGCAUGCGUGUAUAUGGGAUGAAAUUAAUGAGGGCCGGAUGGAUCGUAGGAGGAAACGCAUGCGCAGCGCGCAGAUCGUAUCGAUCAUCUCAUCUCAACGGCGGGGAUGGAUGCAUACAAAUCGGACGACUCUGUCUCUAGCUAGCUGACUGCGCAUCGACCGGUAUGCUGCGCCGCCCUCCAUUAUCUCCCUCGUAUGCUAUAGCUAUACGCAUGCAUGCAUCUCCCUUCUCCGUAGCCCCUCACCUCUCCAAUCCAAUCCAUUAUUGGCGGACUUGGUGGAGAUCGAUCGAUGCCGAUGGAGCAGUUACCUGACGACAUGCUCGCCAAUGUCCUGGGCCGCCUCCCUCCCAGCAGCCUCCUCCUGCGCGCCCAUCUCCUCCUUCUCCGCCUCGACGCCUUCUACUGCAUCAACCUCGACCUCAUCGAGCGGCUGACAUAUUUCUUCGCACGCCCUUCGGCAGCGCGUCGAAUCCCCGGUGGCCCCCUCGACUUCUUGGAAGAACCUCACUCUUCCGUUCUGGAAGUCGAGGAUCACUGCAAUGGUCUGCUCUUGGUGUGCGACAUGGUGGUCAACCCUGCCACACGGCAAUGGGCCGACUUGCCUACCUCCCCGGAACCAUCCAUUGUCCACAUGCUUGGGGUCACCGGCGUCACCAUGGAUCAGGAGAACGACGGCACCGGCCAUUUGUUGUUUCCACGCUUUUACCUUGUGUAUGAUCCCAUGGCGGAGUCGUCGCAGCACUUCGAGGUAUUUCUUAUCCCCUUACUUGGACGCGAUCUUCUGGGCAACAUCACCAUCGACCUUGAGGCGCAAGAAUGGCCACCCACGACAUUCAAAACCCACGUCUUCUCGUCGAGGAGAUGGAGGUGGGAGGAGAGGUCCUUGCUCCGCCAAGGGGAGCCUGCGGGGACCAUAGCCGAUAUGCUGCUGCAAUCUGAUUGUUGGGACCACAAGGCCGCCUAUUUCCGGGGAGCACUCUAUGUGCAUUGUCAAAACGAUUCUGUCAUGAGGAUAGCCUUAUCCAAUGACAAGUAUCAAAUGAUGAGAUCUCCAGUGACACGGAGCAAACUUGGUGCUGAGCAUGCUACCUUUUACUUGGGGAAAUCAGAGAGAGGGGUGUACUCUGCGUUACUUUAUUGGGACGACUUUGGUAGCUAUCCCCACUUUCGAGUCUGGUCACUUAAGGAGGAGGAAGAGAUCAAUGAUGGAAAUCACAUUAUUCACAUGGAGUGGGUGUUGAAGACUAACAUCAGCCUUGAACCGCUGCUGGCAAACCCUCCUCCUCUUCACAGUUGUCACAGCUUUGUUGGUGAUGAAUGGAGGGUCAUCCGUAACUAUAACGACGAGGAAUUAGACGCACCACCUGCUGCUACUGCACAUGAUCAUGACAAUGAGUUUGCUGCUGCUGAAUGGGACUUUGACAAGGCUGAUAAGAUUGUCCUUGAAGCCAACAAAGAUAAGGCCACUAAAGCAGACACCUACCCUGUUGAUUUUAUCGGAUUUCAUCCUUAUAAAAACAUUGUCUUCUUUUCCUUGUCAUCAAGGACAACAUCUUAUAAUUUGACUACCUCAAAGGUUCAACAAUUGGGCGGCGACGUAUGCCUACCAGUGGGCAUAAGAACAUGUUUCCCAUACACACCAUGCUGGCUGACCAUGGGGGGACUAUUUGAAAACAGUUAAUAUAAGUGGCUGGCUUAAUUGUAUCAAAUAUAUUUACACUCUAUUUGUUUGUUUAUUUGGAGCUACAUGUUGAUCCCCAGCCACUUGCUAUAAGUAUAUGUAAUAAUCAGAGUAUUGCUUUCAAAUAUUUGUGCCUAAGUA